CCGUCGCCGGACCAUGGCGACCGCGGAUCCUAGCGGGUCCGGGUUACGGACGUCUACCCCGGGACCCCGGCCCGGCGGGACUCCGGACUGCGCAGCGGGACCUACGGGGCUGCCCUUCGGGCGAAGCGGCAGUGGAGUCCCCCGAUUGGGGGAGCGGCCCCCGGCGGUUGUGGAGAAGAGGGGACCGUACAUGGUGACGCGCGCGCCUUCCAUUCAGGCCAAGCUGCAGAAGCACCGGGACCUGGCCAAGGCUGUUCUACGGAGAAAAGGCAUGCUGGGGGCCUCGCCGAACCGCCCCGACUCUUCAGCGAAAAGGUCAGUGAAGUUUAACAAGGGCUAUACUGCCCUUAGUCAGAGUCCAGAUGAAAACCUGGUGUCCCUCGACUCUGACAGUGAUGGGGAGCUGGAAUCCAGAUACUCCUCCGGGUAUUCCUCUGCAGAGCAGGUGAACCAGGAUGUGAGCCGGCAGCUGCUCCAGGAUGGGUAUCACCUGGAUGAGAUUCCAGAUGAUGAGGACUUGGACCUCAUUCCUCCCAAGCCUAUAGCCUCUUCAACAUGCUCCUGUUGCUGGUGCUGUCUUGGGGACUCUUCCUCCUGUACCCUCCAAUAGACAUAACCCCCUAAGAUGGGCCCUGCUCCCCAUGCCUGCAGAGCCCUGUUGGCCCUUCUUAGGUCACAGAGUGCAGUUGGGGACUGCUGUCAGCCCCAGAAUCACUGGAGGCACUGACUCUCUGGGAAGGUCAAUGACCUGCAGUUACGCCUUACCUGGUGCUUCUCAGGCCAGAGGCCCCCAUCUGGGCCAUAGGGUGACAGGUGGAAUUCUGCAAUUUUCCUCUGCUAUUAGAGCAGAGUUUGGAAAAACCACUUUAAUAAGGGCAGGAGCAGAGGAAUUCUGAUGCUUGUGGUGACAGAGUUGGCUAAGGAAAUCUUGCAGACAUCUUGACUGGUAUUUGUCCUGCUCAAUGGCGGGAGAAAGAGCUUUUGUGCCCGGGCUAUGCUGGACGGUGUUGUAUGGAAGAACAGGGCAGCUAGGCAGGGUAGAAAUGGUCUGUUGUUUGGGGCGAGAGGUCCCAGGCUAAAAUGUCACCAGUAAAGGCAUCAAGGUGCCUAGGGCCAAAGUGCCUUAAUUCAGAGUGCUAGGUAUUCUGCAGGUGACAGU